GGAACACGAAACCCAAAUAAUCCUGAAACCAGGUGCACACUCUUCAAACCACGAUCUAACAAAAGAUCAAUAUUACCCCUUAUCUAUUGUUCUUUAUAAGGAUAAAAUCGUCAUAUAACGAUCCAGACGGUGGUAACUUAGAAAACCAGCAGCCAACAUAUUGUGGUUUCACUCCAACCUAACGGCAAUUAUUGUUGGCUUCUUCAUUUUAUAUAUAUCACUCAAUUUCCCUUCUCUAAAACCAUCGAAAUACUAAAACACUAUAUUAAAAAAUCCAAAAGAAGAUCGUUAAGUGAAAAGUGAAGAAGAGAUGAGUUCUACAAGCAAAGCGUGGACGGUGGGAGUUAGCAUCGGAGUCGUAGAGACGUUGAAAGACCAGUUGGGUCUUUGUCGGUGGAACUACAUGUUCCGGUCGGUGAAUCAGCAUCUCCGGAACAAUGUCCGAACUGUUGCUCAGGGGAAAAGGUUCUCCUCUUCUGUUGCCGCCGCAGUUAACUCGUCUGAUGAGAGUGAAAAGGCGAAGAAGUGUGAAGAAUCGCUCAGAACGGUUAUGUAUUUGAGUUGUUGGGGUCCUAAUUGAUUAAUUGUUAGUUAAUUGAUUAGUUGUUAGUUUAUAAUGUAUAGUUUUGUAAUUUCUAAGAUGCCUUGGAGAAAUGGAAUUUAAAUUUAAUUUUUGGUUGAGAAAG